GUGGUCCACUUAGCAUCAGUCAAGAGGUGGCUCAUGCCUUCAAUCUCAGUGGGCUGAGGGAAGUCUGUAUUAGGAGAGUGGAUAAAGAUGAAGUGGCACUUGAUUUGGUUGAAUUCAGAUUUAAAGAUCAAGGUUUGUCAAGAAGUGACAUGUGGAGGUUUACGAAUUCACUGAUUGAUAAAGGAAUGUAUAUAUCAAGGAAGCUAUUGUUUGCUGGUAUGCUGUUGAAAGUCAGUGGGUUGUGGGCUAAAGGGGAAACUGUCAAGAGUGGAGUGGUGACUGACUCUACCAGGAUUGUGUUUAGAUCGGCUUCAUCGCAAUUCUUUUUAUUCAUACAAGUCAGUUCAGAGAUAUGGGAAUUUGAUCCCAAUGGUGAUACUUACUUUGAUAAAGCAGUAGAUGGUUUUUUGAAGGAUCUCUUCUCCGUUUGGAAGGAUAAAGAGUGCAAUCAUCAAUUGACGCUCAUAUUUUUUGCCAGAAAAUAUUCAAGGAAUU